GGCUGUAAUGACUUCGGCAUUGUUGCACCUGACGGUGGAUGUAUGUGUAGGUCUUGUGUGACCAAGGUUCCAUGCCGGUAGGCGAGCUUAUGUGACAGAGUGUUUUGUUUUCUAUUUUAAAGUAUUGUACAGUCCCUUCUAAACAAUGAUCGCGAUUUUCUGAGUUAAGAUUUUCCUGUUUGUGUGAAUUUUAUUAGACUUUUUACCGACGAGGAAUUUUAAAGAGUUUAGGAUUUAUUGAUUAGCGGUUUGAGAGAUUAUGGCUACUAGCAGCCCAUUGGUGAAUUCCUAUUGGACAGUGGCCAAUCGGUGAUGUGAUUUGGAUUAAAAUAUUAUCAGUGUUUGAAGCGUCUGUGUAUGACUGGCGAAAAUUAGGUGCAUGUGUAUUCCUUUGUGAAUUAUCAUAAGGCUUUCAAAAUUAUAGACCAAAAUUACGAUAAUAAAGUUUUUAUACAAAAAAACAGAACUAUGUCUGAAAAUAGUGAUACCUCGAGCGAAGAAAGUUUGGCUCAUAAGCAUAUGAACGGAAAAGAUGAUGACAUUUGUCGCGAUUUCUUGCGAAAUGUUUGUAAGCGAGGCAAGCGAUGCAAAUACCGUCACCCUAAUACUGACGAAGCGCGGGACCUGGGUAGACAACAAAUAACUUUCUGUCACGAUUUUCAAAACACAGGGUGCAGAAGAGGAAACUGUAAAUUUCUGCAUUGUACGCGGGAAGAGGAAGAACAUUAUAAACAGACUGGGCAACUUCCGGUGCGGCUUCAACAGGCCGCCGCCUUGGGACUCGGGGUCACUCCCAAUGUGGAGGUACCGUUGUUAAGGGGAGAAAUCCCCAUCUGUAAAGACUACCUGAAAGGGAAUUGUAAACGUGGUGCUAAGUGUAAAUUCCGGCACAUGACUGGAGGAGAAUAUGAUUUUGAACUUCGAAAAUCCGACCAUAGAAAUAAUAACAAUCAAAUGUAUGAUCCAUAUGAAGAUGACUUUAAUACUUUUGAAGCAUUUGAAUAUGGUCACACCCCUGGGGGAGUUAAACGAAGGAGAACCGAGCGGGAAUUCGAUGGAUUCGGAGGAUUUGAAGGCAGGUAUUCCUCAAGCCGUCCAUUCAGUUAUCAGCUGUUAGAAGAGGAAAAUUCUAUGUUAAGAAGAAAAGUGGAAGAACUUAAAAAGCAAGUUGCGGAUCUUACUGCCACCAACGAAGUGCUUUUGGAACAAAAUGCAAGAUAUCGUGUCAGUAGGACCACUGCAGUACAAUCUUUAAACGCAGCAGGUGUGCCGGUGAGCCAGCAAUUGACGCCUGGCAUCGGCGCAACUGCAAGUCCAGCGCAACCCCUUAAUCAGCUAGCAGUUAGCAGCCUCGCUCAGCAAAUAGCGCUAAAUAGUGAACUGGCUUCCCAGCAUGCUUUGCAGCAGCAUCUGGCGAGAGAACUAGGUCAGCAAAAUGCUGGAGGGUUAGCAGGGGCACCCCUCAACCCUUCCGUCACAAUAAACCCAGGAAAUAUAGUUCCGGUCUCUCUUCCACAGAAUGUUUCCUUGACUUCCGGUUCUAUGCAACAGACACUUCCGCCUGCUGUCUCAAUGACGCAGAGUAUUCCACAGAAUUUACAGGGACCCCCCUCGGCGCCUCUGGUGUCUUACCCCAUUGUGUCCCAGAACAUGAGAGCAGCACCCAGCAGCCUGGCCCACUGACACAUGGAAAUGGUAAGCGAUGAUAUUCCAAGAAAAUCAGGGCAAACAAUCAGCAGAGUCGACAGAACGUUUGUUUGAAUGCAGAAAGAAUAGGAUCUCAUAAAAAAUCAAAAUGACCAUGUGCUGAAAAACAUGAGACGCAAAGCGUCGAGGGCAUACUGCGCCAGAUGAAAAGCGUCAGAUGAAGACAACUGGACCGGCGUCGAGUUAUUGUUUGAAUUAUUAAUUUCAUUUCUCAUAUCUCAGUCACACGGCAAAUUCUCUGAUUUCUUUUUUCCUCGAUGAAUACUAAUCCCUUGUAUUUGCCACAGAGAGAAUAUCAAGAUUCAACACAUUUUAUUUUUUUCACGUUACUUCUCGAUUUUUGUUUUUAUUUUUUUAUUUAAAAUUGAUAUAUGUAUGUAUUCAUCCGUUAAAAGACAGCAUUUCAUUCGAUACUGUAUGGAAUGAGUUCCAAAGUGGAAAAAAAGAAACACAAAGAACUUGUGUGAUAUGUGUUACCUUAUUUAAAAGAAUGGCUUGAGAAAUUUUUCUCAAUUCAUAUCACAUUAUUUAAUUGAUAGUGCUUUUUAUGUUUCCAUUGUUUGAUCAGAUUUAUUUUCGUUGCUUGCUUUACACACUGUAAUUAGGAAUAUGGUUUACAUCUUAUGCUUUCUGCUCUAGAAAUUGAAUUGGGGUUCAUAUUUUUUUUUUCUUAAAGGUAGUAUAAUUAUUUGCCAAAACAAUUCAGUUUUGAUAACUUCAGAACUUUUUUGAAAAUAAUUUUUUUUCUGCUUUGUUUCUUUAAAUACAAAAACCAAAUUUUGACAUCCAGAUUUUUGAAAUGAUGUUGAUAAGCUACAUGUACCAUGUCCCGGUGUUUUCAUGUAAGAAAACCAAUGAUUUUGAACUGAGAAGGAAAUGUACCACACAUUUAAAUUAAUUUCUUGAGGGGCAUUUAAGUUGAUUCGAAUUGAAAUAUAUUUUAUUUCAUUUUCUUAACGUUUUGCAUGUUUUGGUUACUGCAUGCUACUGCCGUUUCACUAGAGAUAUUUAUUCUAUAAUAUAAAUGACAGAUUGACAUUAAAAUGUCACCUUCGUGUAGUCCGAAAUAAAAUUUCAAAAUUAAUGGUGUAUACGUUGAUAUCCUUAUUAACAUAUUUCAAUUCAAACAAAGAAAGUGGAAAAAUUCAUGUUAGGUCCAUUGUGCUUAUGCAAGAAAAGUUGUCUAUUAUUAUAUGACACAUAAUGUUCACUUUACAUUUUUGAAGUCGUAUAAACCAGUUUGUAUUUUGCUUCAUUUUGUUGUUUAAGAUAUUAUAAACUUUAUUUUGGACCUUUGAAAUAAAGGAUUAAAAACAAGAAGAAA